CGGCCUCGUCCCGCGCCGGGCGGCCGCGAGCAUGUCCGCGGGCGGCCGCGACGAGGAGCGGCGGAAGCUGGCCGACAUCAUCCACCACUGGAACGCCAACCGGCUGGACCUGUUCGAGAUCAGCCAGCCCACCGAGGAUUUGGAGUUCCAUGGAGUUAUGAGAUUCUAUUUUCAAGAUAAAGCUGCUGGAAACUUUGCAACAAAAUGCAUUCGUGUCUCUAGUACUGCCACAACGCAAGAUGUGAUAGAAACGCUUGCAGAGAAAUUCCGCCCUGACAUGCGGAUGCUGUCGUCCCCCAGAUACUCCCUGUACGAAGUGCACGUCAGCGGAGAAGAAAGAAGAUUGGAUAUAGAUGAGAAGCCUCUAGUUGUGCAGUUGAAUUGGAACAAAGAUGACCGGGAGGGUAGAUUUGUUCUUAAGAAUGAAAAUGACGCCCUUCCUCCUAAGAAGGCUCAGAGUAAUGGACCUGAGAAACAGGAAAAAGAAGGUGUUAUCCAGAAUUUCAAGAGAACUCUCUCCAAGAAAGAAAAGAAGGAAAAAAAGAAGAGAGAGAAAGAGGCGUUGAGACAAGCAUCUGAUAAAGACGAUAGACCUUUCCAGUCAGAUGACAUUGAAAAUUCUCGACUGGCUGCUGAGGUUUACAAAGACAUGCCCGAAACUAGCUUUACCCGAACGAUCUCUAAUCCUGAGGUGGUUAUGAAACGGCGGAGGCAGCAAAAACUGGAAAAGAGAAUGCAAGAAUUUCGGAGCUCAGAUGGGCGGCCUGAUUCAGGUGGAACACUGAGAAUUUAUGCAGAUAGUUUAAAACCAAAUAUUCCCUACAAGACAAUCCUACUGUCAACUACCGAUACUGCAGACUUUGCUGUGGUUGAAGCUUUAGAGAAGUAUGGUCUGGAGAAAGAGAGUCCUAAGGAUUACUGCAUCGCCCGGGUUACACUUCCUCCUGGAUCCCAACAUUCUGAUGAAAAAGGAGCUAAAGAAACUAUCCUUGAUGACGAUGAGUGUCCCCUGCAGAUCUUCAGGGAAUGGCCCAGCGACAGAGGGAUUUUAGUCUUCCAGUUGAAGAGGAGGCCACCGGACCACAUCCCAAAGAAAACUAAAAAACAGGUGGAUGGGAAGCAGCUCAAAGGGAAAGAGAGGGCUGACAGCUCUACCUACGGGUCCUCACUCCCUCCCGAGAAGCUGCCCUACUUGGUAGAACUAAGCCCAGAUGGCUCUGACUCCAGAGAUAAGCCAAAGCUCUACCGCCUUCAGCUGAGCGUUACUGAGGUGGGGACAGAGAAGUUUGAUGACAGCUCAAUCCAGCUGUUCGGGCCAGGAAUCCAGCCUCAUCACUGUGACCUCACAAACAUGGAUGGCGUUGUGACUGUGACCCCGAGAAGCAUGGAUGCUGAGACGUACGUGGAAGGCCAGCGCAUCUCGGAGACCACCAUGCUGCAGAGCGGCAUGAAGGUCCAGUUUGGAUCGCUGCAUGUGUUCAAAUUCGUGGACCCCAGCCAGGAUCACGCUGCUGCGAAGAGACCUGUGGAUGGGGGCCUUAUGGUCAAAGGGCCGAGACACAAACAGGGAAUUGUCCCAGAGACCACUUUUGAUCUGGAAGGAGAUGUUCAUAGUGGAACGGUGUUCCCAACAAGCAAGAGCGCUUCCAGACUGGACAGUGACCGAGGACCCUCUGCCUCCGGCACAGCUGAGCGAGGGAUGGUGAAGCCGAUGGUCAGGGUGGAGCAGCAGGACCACCGCAGGCAGGAGAGCAGAAGUCAGGACGCUCCUGGGCCUGAACUGAUACUGCCGGCAAGCGUUGAAUUUAGAGAAAGUUCUGAAGAUUCAUUUUUAUCUGCCAUCAUAAACUAUACAAAUAGCUCUACAGUCCAUUUUAAGUUAUCACCUACAUAUGUAUUAUAUAUGGCAUGUCGGUAUGUAUUGUCGAGCCAGUACAGACCUGAUAUCAGUCCUGCAGAGCGCACCCACAAGGUCAUUGCCAUAGUCAACAAGAUGGUGAGCAUGAUGGAAGGAGUGAUCCAGGAAGUAGACCAGGUUGAUCAGAAACAGAAGAACAUUGCAGGCGCACUGGCCUUCUGGAUGGCAAACGCGUCAGAGCUCCUCAACUUCAUCAAGCAGGACCGAGACCUCAGUCGCAUCACGCUGGACGCCCAAGAUGUUUUAGCACACCUGGUUCAGAUGGCAUUUAAAUACUUGGUUCACUGUCUUCAAUCAGAACUUAAUAAUUAUAUGCCAGCCUUUCUAGAUGACCCUGAAGAGAAUAGUCCUCAAAGACCCAAAAUAGAUGACGUCCUGCACACGCUCACGGGAGCCAUGUCACUGCUGCGGCGCUGCAGGGUGAACGCCGCCCUGACCAUCCAGCUCUUCUCACAGCUCUUCCACUUCAUCAACAUGUGGCUAUUCAACAGACUGGUCACCGACCCCGACUCAGGCCUGUGCUCGCACUACUGGGGCGCUAUCAUCCGGCAGCACUUAGGGCACAUUGAGGCAUGGGCAGAGAAACAAGGGCUGGAGCUGGCAGCAGAUUGCCACCUCAGCAGGAUCGUACAGGCGACCACUUUGCUUACCAUGGAUAAGUAUGCGCCUGAGGACAUUCCGAAUAUAAACAGUACCUGCUUUAAGUUAAAUUCACUGCAGCUUCAAGCCUUAUUACAGAAUUACCACUGUGCACCUGGCGAGCCUUUUAUACCUACGGAUCUUACAGAAAAUGUAGUGGCUGUGGCUGAGAAUACCGCCGACGAGUUAGCUCGCAGUGAUGGGAGAGAAGUACAGCUGGAGGAGGAUCCUGACCUGCAGCUGCCCUUCCUUCUGCCGGAAGACGGCUAUUCUUGUGAUGUUGUCAGAAACAUUCCAAAUGGUUUACAAGAAUUCUUAGACCCUCUUUGCCAGCGAGGAUUUUGCAGGCUGAUCCCGCAUCUGCGCUCACCAGGUACUUGGACCAUCUAUUUUGAAGGUGCGGAUUAUGAAAGUCACCUGAUGCGCGAGAACACAGAGCUGGCCCAGCCGCUGAGGAAGGAACCUGAAGUAAUCACUGUGACCCUCAAGAAGCAGAACGGAAUGGGCCUUAGCAUUGUCGCAGCAAAGGGUGCGGGUCAGGAUAAACUCGGAAUCUAUGUCAAAUCUGUUGUCAAAGGAGGCGCUGCAGAUGUGGACGGACGGCUGGCUGCAGGUGACCAGCUCCUCAGUGUGGACGGGCGGAGUCUGGUAGGACUGUCUCAGGAGAGGGCAGCAGAACUCAUGACAAGAACAAGCUCUGUGGUGACAUUAGAAGUGGCAAAACAAGGAGCGAUUUAUCACGGCCUUGCUACACUGCUCAACCAGCCGUCUCCAAUGAUGCAAAGACUUUCAGAUCGCCGUGGCUCAGGUAAACCCCGACCAAAGAGCGAAGGUUUUGAGCUCUAUAAUAAUUCAGCUCAGAAUGGGUCCCCCGAGAGCCCUCAGCUGCCUUGGGCAGAGUACAGCGAACCAAAGAAACUGCCGGGCGAUGACAGGCUGAUGAAGAAUAGGGCUGAUCACCGUUCCAGUCCCAACGUAGCAAACCAGCCCCCUAGUCCUGGAGGGAAACACACAUAUGCCACGGGAACAACAGCUAAGAUAACGUCGGUUUCUACUGGAAACCUCUGCACUGAGGAGCAGACCCCUCCACCCAGGCCUGAAGCAUACCCCAUUCCCACGCAGACAUACCCCAGAGAGUAUUUUACGUUCCCCGCGUCCAAGUCCCAGGACCGGAUGGGUCCUCCACAGAGCCAGUGGCCAACUCAUGAGGAUAAGCCACACAUGCACACAGACAGUAACCAUUCCGGUAUUGCGAUUCAGCGUGUUACCCGUUCCCAGGAAGAGCUGCGAGACGACCAAGCGUACCAGCUCGAGAGGCAUCGACUAGCACCAGCCGAGGAUCGAAAGUCGGACAGUGAUAUGUGGAUAAACCAGAGCUCCUCAGUGGAGUCCAGCACAUCGAGCCAAGAGCACCUGAACCAUUCCUCUAAAUCUGUCACUCCUGCGUCCACUUUAACCAAAAGUGGCCCUGGCCGCUGGAAAACGCCAACUGCCAUCCAGCCGACCCCGGUGGCCAUCUCCCAGCCCAUCCGCACAGACCUCCCCCCGCCGCCUCCACCUCCCCCAGUGCACUAUGCCAGUGACUUUGACGGGUUGCCAAUGGACCUGCCUCUGCCACCACCCCCCUCUGUUGGCCAGGUGGGCGCCCUGUCUGCCCAGGUGGCCACUGCAGAGCGGAAGAAGAGAGAAGAGCAGCAGCGGUGGUACGAGAAGGAAAAGGCCCGCCUGGAAGAGGAGCGUGAGAGGAAGCGGAGGGAGCAGGAACGGAAGCUGGGCCAGAUGCGCACACAGUCCCUGAACCCUGCACAGUUCUCCCCUGUGACCAUGCAGCCUGUGAAGCCCGAGAAGCCCUCCACCCUGCAGAGGCCCCAGGAGACCGUCAUCCGCGAGCUGCAGCCACAGCAGCAGCCGCGCACCAUCGAGCGGCGGGACCUGCAGUACAUCACCAUCAGCAAGGAGGAGUUGUCAUCCAGCGACAGCCUGUCCCCAGACCCCUGGAAGCGGGACGCCAAGGAGAAGCUGGAGAAGCAGCAGCAGAUGCACAUUGUGGACAUGCUGAGCCGAGAGAUCCAGGAGCUGCAGGGCAAGCCCGACCGCACUGCCGAGGAGAACGACCGUCUCCGCAAACUCAUGCUGGAGUGGCAGUUCCAGAAGCGGCUGCAGGAGUCCAAGCAGAAGGACGAGGAUGACGAGGACGAGGAGGACGACGACAUGGACACCUUGCUGGUCAUGCAGCGCCUGGAGGCCGAGAGGAGAGCCAGGUUGCAGGAUGAGGAGCGGCGCAGGCAGCAGCAGCUGGAGGACAUGCGUCAGCGGGAAGCGGAGGACCGUGCCCGCCAGGAGGAGGAGCGCCGGCGGCAGGAAGAGGAGCGUGGGAGGCGGGACGCCGAGGAAAAGAGGCGCCAAGAAGAGGGGUAUUACAGCCGCCUGGAGGCCGAGCGGCGCCGACAGCAUGACGAGGCAAAGCUGAGGAUGCUGGAGCCCGACGAGCCGGGUCUGUGCAGACCACCGCCUCCACGGGACUACCAGCACCCCUGCCCGCCCCCCGCACCUAGCGCUCCUCCUCCCCCACCUCAGCGCCACACCUCCUACCUGAAAACGCAGGCCCUCUCCCCUGACAUGCUGUACACUGCCAAGUUUGUUGCGUACAGUGAGGAGGAGGAGGAGGAGGAGGAGGAGGAGGACACCGGCCUGGCAGGUCAGGAUAAGUACGCCAGCACAAGAAAGUCUUACGGGAACCUUCCUCCCACCGCCCCUAAGCCGCAGCCCUCCUGCCAGCCGCGCCCCAUCUCCGAUGGCAUCUUUCUUUCCAACUCAUUCCAGCCACCUUCCGUCAAAGCCAACAGUACUGUCCUCAAAGCAGGCCAAGCCCCGCCCCUUCCAAAAAAACCGAGCUUCUACCUUCCCAGUGGCUCCAAAGGGCCAAACUCUUACACGGGAUCUACUGGAACAGCCGUUAGCACUCAUGAUGUUUACCGAGAUCCAAGAGACAAACGGUCUAAAAGCCAAGAUGCAGAUCUGCCUGGGAUUUCUGGAGCCCCUGAAAACUUGACAUUCAAAGAGCGUCAGCGUCUCUUUUCACAAGGCCAAGAUGUGUCCAAUAAAGUGAAAGCUUCGCGGAAACUGACAGAACUGGAAAAUGAACUGAACACAAAAUGAGAGAAGGGCAGAGGAGCUGGAGUUGACCCAGCGGCCCUCCCAGGGUGGAUGUGUGUGGAGGGGUGAGCUUAGGAUAGGGGAGGGGAGGCCACAUUUUGAAGUAAUUUGUCAUUUCUGUUUCUAAAUGGUUGAGGUUUAGAGAUGUUGCAAUUCCGAGAGAUUUUAUUUUCCUUUACCGAGAGAUAGUCGUUUAUACAACUUAAACACUGUCUCAUCUUUCCGUGAUCUGAAUCACAUGAAGAUGACUUCCUCUGUUAGUUUCUGUUUUGGAAUCUGAGUUCAAAAGGGGGCAGAAUAAAGGGUGGUAGAAGAUAAUGAGGUGUUUCUCCUUUCCCCCUUGCCUUCCCCCCCAUAAUUGACCACGGAGCACAGGCAAUGGAGUUCUAUUUCUGUUCUUUUAAAAAAAAAAAAAAAAAAACAACUUUAUUUUAGCUGUCAGAGAAUAGCUUGAACUACUCAGACCCUUGUCUGCACCACUCAGUAGCAACUGCAGACUGUGUCCUGAGUCAGUGUGCCGGGAGACCACCUGACAGUGCACCUGUAGUGACCUUUUCUCGUCCUCUCAGCAGCAGUGGGGCAGGUCAGAUGGUGCCUGCUGCAGGCAAAGUGGAGGCACAGCUGAGAGUGCUCCGUCUCGUUCCUGAGAGCGCGUGCCCCCUGAUCACUUCUAAGUAUUUAAGAACGCAUUCUCAGAGGAGAAAAGUCUGAGGACUUCAGCUUCGGGAACUUUAUUUUUAUAAACACCAGAUUAUUGUUAGACAAAUACAUGAUUGGUAAUGUUGAAGGUGGCAGUUAGCUUAACAAGUAAACUAUUUCAGAUAUUUCAAGCAGUGUCAAAGGCCGUCGUGGCCUGGACAGUGUUGCUCAUGUGAGUAGGACCCAAGAAGGGCGAGAGAUUAAUAGGGGACCUUCAGGCACAGCUGUUGCUUGGAAACUUUGAACGGAAAAAGGAGAUUUACAUCCAUAGACUUCCAGGGAAUGGCAAGGGCUCAAUUACAUAUGGCAUUUGUAACUUAAAUAUUGUAAGAAUAACUCAUGGCAGUUCAAGCUAUUUUUCAUAGUAGAAUAAAGACUUAUUUAAUUUUAUUUGUUGAAUUAUUAGUUACCACUGUCAUUUCUUCAGCUAUGGGUAUGUGGCUGAUGUUGGGGAGAAAGACCUCUGUUUUAUUGUGUGAUGUUAAAAUGGUAAAUUACAUUGUGAUUCUGAGCACAUUUUCUGUUUGACCAAGUUCUGAUGUGGGGUUAGAUGAUUUUCUAUACCAUAUUGUUCUCUUACAAAUGCGUGUGUUAGGACAAGAUACACACUUUCACACAGCAGCGAGAGGCUCUCACUGCCUUAGAAAUCACUUUUAAUGAGAGUUGUAUGAUAAAUAACCAUGUGAGUGUAAAUAUUUUUCUAUGUGUAUCAGAGUCCUUAUUUGAAAGUGUGUUGUCUCAUUUAAGUAAGAGAGUAAAAUGGUCCUGAAUGUUUAUGAAGGAUUCGCCCGCUUGCUCUGGAAGCUUGAGGAAAACGAAGCUUCUUCCAAAUACCUUGAGAACACUGGCAGCCUGACGGGGACGGGGUCCACACAACCCCUAAAGAAAAGAUGCAGAAGAGUUACUGUUGUGUUAAUAUGUAGAGAACAACAACUACACACAAGUACAUGUAAAUAUCCACAGGCAAGGAGAUCAGCACAACCUGCAAACAAGUGGAUUUGGCCGUCUUUGGACUAUUAGGUCAAAUGUGAAUAUGUGUAAAAGUGCUUUUCAUAAUUGUGCAUUAUUAUGGGGGAAAAAACAUCAAAACUGCUGUAGUUUUCCAUUUCUACUGUAUUUCAGUUGCAACCUAUUUUUAAUAAACUUUGUAUGUA